AUGGCACCCGUCGGGGCUCGUCAUUUUUCUCAAUCAAUAAAUCGAUAUGGAAGUGGCCGAGAUUAUCGAUCGCAUAUGCGUUUUGAUGAUCGACCUCGACGUGACAAUCGUUAUGAAAAAAAACGACGUAGCAAUUCUCGAUCUGAUCAAAGACGACGAGAUGAUACUCGACGUUCUUAUUCGAAAUCAUCGGCAAGUAAAAAACGACGAAUAGUAGAUAGCGAUGAAGAAUAUAAUGAUUUAUUAAAAGAAGAAAAUGAUCCAGAUAAAAAAUUUCGUUUAACAUUAAAAAGACAAAAUGCUAUCAUUAAAAAAACAUUAGCAAAAUCAUUUGGUCUAAGUACAUCUAGUCUGUCAAAAUUAUUAGUCGAUCAAUGUGAUGAAGCUAUACGAGAUUCAAUUUUAUCAAAAUCGAAAACAGAAUUCGAACGUAAAUUAACUGACGACACUGAACCAAUUCAAACAUCACGUGUUGUCACUGAUGAAGUUCAUUUAUGUGAUGAAAUAUCUCGAUUAGAUAAUGAUGAACUUGAUGAAGCACCCAAUAAUGAUUAUAGUCAACAAUUUGUAAAUAUUGGCCAAAGACCGCAAAAUUAUAUUCGUGAUGCUGGUCUUCAAAAUCGUUUUGAAGAAUAUCCAAAAUUACGAGAAUUAAUUCGUCUUAAAGAUGAAUAUAUUGAGAAAACAAAUUGUCCACCAAUGUAUAUAAGUUGUGAUUUAUUAGCAAAUAAUUUGACUUUACCAUCAUUGGAAUGUGAAUUCGAUGUUAUUCUUGUUGAACCACCAUUAGAAGAAUAUAAACGAAAAAGUGGAAUUCAUUUUGAUCGUUAUGUUACAUGGGAUGAAGUAAUAAACUUGAACGUCGAAUCAGUAGCUGCACAGCGAUCAUUUGUUUUUCUAUGGUGUGGCUCAGCCGAAGGUUUAGAUCAAGGAAGAGCAUGUUUGAAAAAAUGGGGUUUUCGACGAUGUGAAGAUAUUUGUUGGGUUAAAACAAAUAGAAAAAACCCACGAUCAGCUUUAACAUUUGAAUCUGGUUCGAUUUUUCAACGAACAAAAGAACACUGUCUAAUGGGCAUUCGUGGUACAGUCCGUCGAUCAGUGGAUUCUGACUUCAUACAUGCAAAUGUUGAUAUUGAUUUAAUCAUUACUGAAGAACCAGAAUGGGGCGAUCCAACUAAGCCCCUUGAAUUAUAUCAUAUCAUUGAACAUUUUUGUUUGGGUCGUCGUCGCCUUCAUUUGUUUGCACGUGAAGCAACAAUCAGACGUGGUUGGUUAUCGAUUGGUUCUGAAAUUUGUACAUCAAAAUUUGAUAAACGUAUAUAUAAAUCAUAUUUCGAAACACCAGUAAUACAAGUUGAAAAUCUUAUUGAACGUAUUGAACAACUUCGACCUAAAUCACCACCACCAAAAGGUCUCAAAGCACCGCCAGGAGCGACAGUGACAACAACAUCAAAUUCGAAUCAAAAUUCAUCAGCAACUCAACAAGCUAUUCUAUCAACAGCGCCAUCGUCAUCGAAUAAAGACAUGUUACCAUCAUCUGUUUUACAAGAUGGUCAACAAGCAAUACGUUCAACCAUAACUAGCAAUCGUCAAUCAUCAUCACGUGCAGUUCGCCCACAUUGGGGCUUAUACACUGAUGAUAUGCCUCCCAAUGUAUAUCCACCUAUGAUGCUUUCACCAACGCGUCAUGGUUAUCCAGCACCGUAUUCUGAUUUACAUCUAUUAUCUGAAUAUGACUUCGCUAUAGCUGGAGGAAAUAGCAGUCAAAAUGACUAUGAUACAUACUAUGGCCAUAAUAAUGUUGAACAAAAAGAUGACAGAACUAAUUUUCGUAAUUAA